AUGUCAUUUCUGGGAGAAAUGACGGUGUGCCCUGUGCCGUACAUCGAAGAUGCCGAUGUGUACAACAACACCUACCGGCCUGGUGACCAGCUCACUGUCAGCUGUCACCGAGGAUUCCAGAUCCGUUACCCAGACAUGGAAAACAUGGUAACUCUGUGCCCAGAUGAUGGGAUUUGGGACAACCUGCCCACCUGCCAAGGUUGCUUGAAGCCACAGGUGUUUCCUCACAGUUACAUCAACGUUUCCGACUCUCUGACCCCGUUCCCUGUGGGAUCAGUGUUACGUUAUCAGUGCUUUCCCGGCUACAAGCUAACAGGACCCGCGAUUCUGGAAUGUAUGUACAACCUCCUGUGGUCGUCCAGCCCACCACAGUGCCUAGAUGUUGAAGCGUGCCCCUUACCUCCAAUUCCAGAUCAUGGGGACUACAUUUGCCAUCCUUAUCCCUGUGACCGCUACAUCCAUGGUACUGUCCUGGAGUUUUACUGUGACCCUGGCUACUUCUUGACCAACGAUUACAAGUACAUCACCUGCCAGUAUGGACAGUGGUUUCCCAGCAGCCAGCUCUUCUGCCAACACGCUGAUCAAGCCUGGUCAGACUCUGAGGCAAGUGUCCUGUCCACCUGGAAGAUUGUAGCUUUCACAGCCAUCAGUGUUCUUCUGGCCUUGCUGCUUGUGGUCUUUGUCAAAGCGUUUCACAUCAAGCUGAAAUCACCAUGUCAGGCUGGUGAUCAAGACUCUUCGGGUAGCCGCCAUUUUGUGGUGGUUGAUGGAGUUCCAGUCGUAUUGCCCACCUAUGAUGAAGCUGUUUGUAACCGCACCAAUAGCAGCUCUGUGCCUGAGGUGACAGCCCCAGCAGAACAGGCCCAGCAAGAGGACCAAAACCCUCCGGCCUAUCCUGGCCGGACCGUGGACAGGGUCGUGGCAGCCAAUCCCACGCCUGCAGAGCGGCCUGGCCAAUUGGACUACUUGGGGCCUGGGGAAGGGGAGGACUCAUCGCCAUCAAUGUCAUUUGGUACAGCGGCCACGCACCCCAUCACCGAGGAUAUCGUAGAUGGCCCAGAAACCGAGAACACUGCAUCAACAUCUCCCAGCAUUAACAUCGCAGAUGGUGAGUGGUCACUACCUGCAAUGGAAGAACCUCCAGCACUUAUAAAGUUGAUGAUAAAAUACAGAGGGAAGGCAGCUGGAGGAGGAGAAGUGACUCAUUAA